GUCACCUCCUCAAAGUCUCACAGGAGCAGGACGCACGGGAGAAGCGCGACGGGGCUGCAGCCAGAGGAGAGUGCCCGCAGUGUGGACCUUACCCAAACCAGACUCUCGGCACAUUUUACGCACGUCGAUCAGCAGAGCUCGGCACCUUUCUCCCUACAUUUGUUUCAUAUAAUUCCGAUUUUCUUCAUGAAGUGAGUCUCUUGGUUCGCCUGUGUGAGCCGCACUGAGCUGCAUUCACGUUCUUUUCGCAAAGAGAAACAAUGAGGUCCACUUCUGAGUCGUUCUGGAGGAUGGUUCGGCUGGCGGUGACGGUAGCGCUCCUGUCAGUGUGCCGUGCCUCAGAGUACGAGUACCUGAGCUGGAAGUCGGACGGGUACAACGGCGGUCGCAGCUACGGCAAACCCCCGCAGUGCGUGGACAUCCCGGAGGACCUGCGGCUCUGCCACAACGUGGGCUACAACAAGAUGCUGCUGCCCAACCUGCUCGAGCACGAAACCAUGGCCGAGGCGAAGCAGCAGGCCAGCAGCUGGGUGCCCCUGGUGCACAAGAGCUGCCACCCGGGCACGCAGGUCUUCCUCUGCUCGCUCUUUGCGCCCUUGUGCCUGGACCGGCCCAUCUACCCGUGCCGCUGGCUGUGCGAGGCCGUGCGCGAUGGAUGCACCCCCAUCAUGGAGUCAUUCGGCUUCCCCUGGCCGGAGAUGCUCACCUGCGACAAGUUUCCCCAGGACGACGUGUGCAUCGCCAUGACGCAGCCCAACUCGACCGAGGCCACCAAACCGACAGGUUACUCCCCCAUCUGCCCUCCAUGUGACAACGAAAUGAAAACAGACGCCAUGCUGGAGCACAUGUGUGCCAGCGAGUUUGCCAUCAAGACCAAGAUCAAGGAGGUGAAGCGAGAAAACAUGGACCGCAAGGUGAUCCUGCAGAAGAGGAAGAAGAUGGUGAAACAAGGCAACCUGAAAAAGAAGGACUUGAAGAAGCUUGUGUUGUACUUGAAGAAUGGCGCGGACUGCCCCUGCCAGCAGCUGGACAACCUGGGAAACCAGUACCUAAUCAUGGGCCGCAAGGUGGAUAAGCAGUACCUCCUCACAGGCAUCCACAAGUGGGACAAGUCCAGCACAGAGUUCAAAAAGGCCAUGAAGAAGCUCAAGACAUACAAAUGCCCCGCCUUUGAGAAUGUCUUCAAAUAAAAUGAAUCCUGCACCCAUCGCCGGUCGCAUCUCAUCCUAUAUAUGAACUUGCAUUAAGCAUUAACAUCCCAAACUUUGCUUUCUAUUGUUCUGUUUAUAUAUCUAUAUAUCUUUGUAUAUUUACAUAUACUUUGAAAUGUCCAUUAUCAAGUUUUAGUCCAAUGUGGUGAGUGAUGACACCACAAUUAAAAGUUGGGGUUUCCUCUUUCUUUGUUUUUCUUUUGCUUAAGAAAAGGACAUUGUAGUAACAGCCCCCCCCAUGAAAUCAUUUCCAUUAUAUGUGUAUUUAGAAAACUUUGUUACACCCAUUAUCCUACAUCUUAGUGGGUUAUGUUGAAAGAGAUAGUUGGACAUUUGUUUUCCUACCAAGAGCUAGAUGAACUGACUGAUUCCACUCCGUGUCUGUACAGGUAAUAUGACGCUAGAGACGCCUACGUUAGCAUAAAGACUGGAAGCAGGGUGAAACAGCUAUGGCUUUCCAAAGGCAAGAAAAACACAGGUUGUCAUUCUUACGUUUUGUUUUUUUGUACAUAUUAAACAAAUAAAAUAUACCAUGUUAUUAAGUGAAAUUUAGAUGCGUUUAGACUGAUUUCUUUUUGGGGGGGCAGAGUUUAUGGUCGCUUCCUGCUUCCAGUCUCGCUAAAGUAGGGUGAACAUGUGCUGGCACUAGCUUUGAAAUUAGCAUAGAGGAAUGAUACUGAUAAUUAUCUAUCUGUUGGCAGGAACAUUUUCCAGCUAUUCUUUUAAAUAUGUACCGUUUUGAUCAGAUCAUAAAUCUUAAAGUAAAUACACUAUAGAAAUUGGCCAUUGUGGUCUAAAAGCCAAACUACAGAGCAGCUCACGAUUGGGUUCCUCUUGGGUAAGUUAUUGACAGACAAAUGAGAAAGUGCUGCUGUUAGCUGAUUGUUUAGUCAAACUUAAGACUGUAACAUCUACAGGUUGAUGCUUUGCUAUUAAUUUCUUCAUGUCAUUGUUACAUAUUCUUUUUGUGACUUGAAAUAUCGUUACCACCGACCUGCGUCACAAGAUAAUGUGUAGAAUUGUGUGUCAGAUUUCUUGAUUGUGUUGUGUUCACCUGACAGUUGGCUAAAUGUUUUGACUACUUUGCCGUCUCGACAUCCAGUCUAACUGCAGUAAUCAGUUUUCACCUGUAAUGGAAAUGCCUUGUAGUCAUAUGUGUUGAAAAAAAGCAAAAGUUAGAAGUGCAACUGUUGCCAACUCUGUGCUGUUUUGGUUUGCUUGUCCGUUGUAGCACUAUUUUGUUGCAGAUUUGAAUGUGAGCGGUGCAUUUCUGCCUAUAUCAUGUACAUACAAAUUUUACAUAAAUAUGGAAAAACUGUGUCACUCA